GUCAGCGCUCCGCAGUCCACACAGCAGCGCACAGACGGACAGCGACGGAAAGGCUGCUGCGCUGGGAGUGUUUAUGGCUGCCUGCUCCGCUCGACGGCCACCAGUUUGUUGUAUUUCAGAAAACUCGGUCUUUUUUUAGAGGCCUGCCGCACUGUUUUCCGGAGAGAAAAGCGGCUGAGACGAGGUCACCGUUGCGUCGACGCGGCUAACUUUUCAGCGCCGCUGAAGCGAAAUUUAACUUCGUCGCUCGCGGAGUUCUUGACACAUUCAACGGAAGAAGUCUAACUGGGAUUAAAAACGCAACCUGAAGACGCAGACCUGGUGUUUUAACGAGGGACGACGUGAAUUUCAUGGGGCGACCGUCUUCUGCAACUUUUUUCCACCUUUCAAAGGCGAUGCAAGUUGUUGUAGAGCUGUAAAUUAACGGUGGCUAAUUUUAGCAGGCUAGCUAGGUGCGUUAGCUGUCAGCCUCGCCGUGUAAUUCAGGGAACUUUUUUUUAAUGACAAUGUCCUUCGUACCUUUUGCAACAGGUAGACCUCUUUCAAACACGAAGAAGCAGCAAAAACAGCCCGAAUUGUAGAAACUUGAUCACUAUUCGUCUUAUGGUGUAAACUCCGGGUUGUAAGUGCGGGCGGCGUCGUGAGCGUUAGUUUGGUUUUAUGAUUUUGAACAUUGUUCUCGGAAAAAAGAAAAAAACAAGCUAAUGAUGCAGCGUUUGGACACGGUCUAACCCCUCGAAACCGACCCACCGACCAUGUUGGAUCAUACAGAAUAGGACCCGGACAGGAGACGACCUCCAGCGCAAGCAGUUUUGCUCCGUAAUUAAGCGCUGAUGUGAAACGGUAGGAACCACAGGAGGAGGAAACCUUUCAUUUGACCCAGGGAUACAACCACCCGUCUGAUACACUUAGUCAGUUUGUGCACCAAAAUGUCGGCCAUCUCCGCAUGCGAGAAAGUGGACGGGUUUACGAGGAAGUCCAUGAGGAAGGCGCAGAAACAGAGGAAAUCCCAAGGCUCGUCUCAGUACCGCACUCAGAGCGCUCCGGUCGAGCUCUCCCCGCUGCCGCAGCUCAAAGAUGCCCCCUCCACGGAGCAGCAGGAACUGUUCGCUCAGAAGCUCCAGCAGUGCUGCGUGCUCUUCGACUUUGACGACUCAGUGACAGACCUGAAAAGCAAGGAGAUCAAGAGGGCCACGCUGAAUGAGCUGGUGGACUUUGUCUCCACGAACAGAGGUGUGCUGGUGGAGUCGGCAUACCCAGAGAUCACUAACAUGAUCAGCACCAACAUUUUCCGGGCUCUUCCGCCAAGUGAAAAUCCAGAUUUUGACCCAGAAGAGGAUGAACCCACCCUUGAGGCCUCAUGGCCUCACAUGCAACUGGUCUACGAGUUCCUGCUGCGUUUCUUAGAAAAUCCAGACUUCCAGCCCAGCAUUGCAAAGCGAUAUAUUGAUCAGAAGUUUGUUCUGCAGCUGCUGGAGCUGUUCGACAGCGAGGACCCGAGAGAGAGGGACUUCCUGAAGACCAUCCUGCAUCGGAUUUAUGGAAAGUUCCUGGGCCUGCGAGCCUUCAUCAGGAAGCAGAUCAACAAUAUUUUCUUGCGGUUCAUAUAUGAAACUGAACACUUCAAUGGAGUCGCUGAGCUGCUAGAGAUUCUCGGAAGUAUCAUCAACGGGUUUGCGUUGCCUCUGAAGGCAGAGCACAAGCAGUUCUUGAUGAGGGUGCUCAUCCCGUUACAUACAGCUAAAGGACUGGCCCUUUUCCAUGCACAGCUGGCCUAUUGUGUGGUCCAGUUCUUGGAGAAGGAUCCUACGCUCACAGAGCCGGUGAUUCGUGGUCUGUUGAAGUUCUGGCCUAAAACCUGCAGCCAGAAAGAGGUGAUGUUCCUGGGGGAAAUCGAAGAGAUUCUGGAUGUCAUUGAACCAACGCAGUUCAAAAAAAUCCAGGAGCCGCUGUUCAAACAGAUCUCCAAAUGUGUGGCCAAUCCACAUUUUCAGGUAGCAGAGCGAGCGCUGUACUUCUGGAAUAACGAGUACAUCCUCAGCCUCAUCGAGGAGAACAUCGACAAGGUCCUUCCCAUCAUGUUCAGCAGCCUGUACAGAAUCUCCAAAGAGCACUGGAACCCGACAAUCGUAGCUCUGGUCUACAAUGUGCUGAAGACGCUGAUGGAGAUGAACUGCACGCUGUUCGACGAGUUGACGUCCUCCUAUAAAGCAGACAGGCAACGGGAGAAAAAGAAGGAACAGGAGAGGGACGAGCUGUGGAAGAAGCUGGACGAGCUGAGGCUCAGCAACACCGCUCUGGUGCAGAACAACAGCCACGGGCUCCCAAGUGUCCAAAACAACAACAACAACAAUAGUAAUAACAAUAAUAAUGUCAACGAGGACAGCAGCGCCGAUGAAGCCGCCGACAACGUAGACGGCAAAGAUCCUGUGGAGGCCAGCGAGAGCACCCCAUGUGCCAAAUGACAGCGGAUGUCAGUUUUUUAUUCCGUGACGGUGUGACACCGGGUUCAGGACUGUCAGGGGAGGAUUGACAGAGACGUAAAAACACAAAUUACACCUCAGCAGUAUAUUAAAUCUACUUAGUGACUUAGAAUGCCAGCGUUUCUUUGGCAGAAAAAACAAAAAACAAAAACAUAUUUCAACUUAAGCCUAUUUUUGGAUGUUACAGUGUGGCUGCAGUAUAUUUGUUUAUAUAUAUAUAUAUAUUAUUUGUCUGAUCAAAGAUUUAUCCUUUCACAUUUAGUUUCUUAACUGAAAAUGAUUUUUUUUCAUUAUAUUCAUUGUAUGAUACUUGGGACGGGAGAAAAUAUUAAAUGACUUGAAUUUACACAUCAGUCACAAUGUUAAAACCACGGUUUCCUCUCAUAUGUUAGCAAUAGAACAUUUAUGUCCUGUAAAUCGCACGGUGGGGCUUGAGAUCUGGUUAAUUUGGAGACAAAGUGAAGACCUUAAACUCUGAAACUAUUCCUGAAUGCUAUUUACAGUGCUGUCCACCUGAAAGAGGCCAAUCUUGGAAUAUCGCUGCCAUUAAGGAGGGCAGGUGGUCUGCAGGCAGUGAUGUUUAGGUAACAUCCACCUUAAGUUAAUACCAGAAGUCACGAUGAUGUCCAAGCAGAACUUUGCCCACUUGCUUGGCUUCUUCCCAUCUAGCUGCCAUCUCUUUCCAGGGUAGAAACGAUGCGCACACUCACGGCUGUCCUCGUGAGGCUCAGAGAAAUGCAAUUCAUCAGACCAGGUCGACUUUUUCCAUUGCUUCAUGGUCCAGUUGGGACGUUUAUGUUCCCACUGUGGGAGGUUUCUGCUUUGCACCGUCUUGCUGCGCCUCAUUUUGACAUCUUCUUUAUUAAGAUUUCCACCAAUCCGUGCUGUAGACCAAACAGGACAGCCUGCUGGUUCACCCGCUGACUCUCGUUGGACCACUUUUGGUAGAUCCUAACCACUGAAUACAGGAACGCCCCACAAUACCGGCUGUUUGGAAGCUGCUCUGACCCAGACGUCGCUGCCAUUAGUUGCUCUGAUUGUCACUCUGCCCAUUUUUUCUUUCUUCCAAUCCUUCACCUUCAGGAACUGUUUGCUCACUGCCUAAUGCAUCCCACCUCCUGACAGGUGCCAUCGUAACGAGAGGAUCAGUGUUGCUCACCUCGCCUGUCAGUGGUUUUAAUGUUGUGGCUGAUCAGUGUAAUGUUUCCAAUUGUGCUGCACUCAGAAAAGCUACAUAGUUAUUUAAAGAUGUCUAUUUUUAAUGUGCUUUUCCUCGUCGCUGCCAACACUUGGGUGCAAACCUUAAGCAGGAAGGGAGCGACAGACAUUGGGAGUGUUUUGGGGCAGAUGGGACCAGACUCAAAAAUCAGACGUUUAACAUCCAUUAAUAAACAAAAGGACCGUUAUCGGGAGCAGAAGAAGCAAGCAGAUGUUCGCCUCGUGUUUGUGAUAAAUGGGAGACGCGCGGCCCAAAACAAGAAGAGCAGCGGCUGCGAGAGUGGCUCUACUUGAGACUAUGAAUUUAAAAACUGAUUAACAGUUAGGGGAAAUGAUAUAUUUGUGAGAUUGUUUUUGUGUUUCAGGUGUUGGUGAAUAUUUUUUUCAUCUGGGUGAAAAUACAAAGCUAACAGUGAUAAUAACACAACACCUGCAUUUAUAGAAAUGAUUUACACUAAAGUGUUGAGGGAGGGCUUUCGAAAAAUGAAAUGUUUCUCAAAAUCACCGGAAUUAAUGGAAUAGUUUGGCCGUUUUAUAAAAUGAGAUGAAUAUAUACGGUAAAUAUGAAGCUGUUUCCAGUUAGCUUAGCAUUGUGUAAACACUUGAGAGGGAAGCCUCACUAAUUCACACAUUAGAUAUUGUUCAAUUCGCACAAACACGGUUGUGUUAGAGGGUGACAGUCCAGGAAACCCCAAAGUAAUGUUUAAUAUGAGCUUUAGAGGCGCUAGUUGUUCACCCCUAUUUCCAGACUUUAUGCUAAGCUAAUAAGCUACUAGCUUAAUAUUUACCACACAGAUGUGACUGUGAUCUCAGUUUUCGCUUUUAAUUCUUUGCAAGAAAGCAGAUAUUUCACAAAACGUCAAACUAUUCCUUGAAAAAAGCAUGUUUAGAAAAAGCUAUCUGAGACCUAGAGUACUAUAUUUUUCCAGAGUUGACGAGGCUAAUAUUUUUAAGUGUUUCAUUUUGCAGUUGAAUUAUGACGGGAUGCAGGAUAUGCUUGAGUGUAUAUUUGUUGCGUAUGUGUAUAUGUUAGUUUGGAGGCUACUUAAAGGGAAAUGCCACUCAGUUUCAGAUUUUAUGUACAGUGUGAUGUUUCUGUGGUCCAGGAAAGUGCAGUCAGUGGUUAUAGAAACAUACGUGGCUCUCUCUCAAAGCUGAAGCGCAAACACUUCUACUUGUCUUAGCACUUAUCUGGCCUUUGAUAGUGCACAGGAGGCUUCUUGUGUAUCCAUGAGUUCUUAUAAACGUUUUUAUAACCGUCAUGCUGUCGUCACACCAGAAAACUCUACAGGAUUUGUUUUUACAGGAAGUCUUUGCUGUCAUCACCUGUUCUGCGUUUCUUUUGUACAAACUCUACAAAGCCACUUUUGCUUUUGUUCUCAUCUCACUGAUGUUGGGAGCCGAUAAAAAUUGUGUUCAUUAACUAAAUCUGACUGCCGUAGAUCAUAGGAAGGACUUGUGAGAGUUUUUUAGAAUUGAAUGGUGUUCCCUCUGAACCUCAGCGUCUGCUCUUUUACUUUUAAGUUCACGUUUUAGGUCCAGUCUUCUCUGAUGCCUUUCUGUCAGUACAGCAUUCCAGCCUCUGUGACAUUUAAAGAAAUAAUGUGGGGAACCUGUUUUGUAAUCACAGAUCUUAUUUAGGUUUCACCAUCAAAUAAAGUCUACUUUAUCUUUCUACUCAAA